AUGGAAGACCUUGAUUCAAUGAUUCUCUACCCCGAGGGGGAACACAAGCUAAGGCAGAAGCUGAUGGAUGCCAGACUUGAACUUGAGACCACAAAAAAUGUCAAGACAGAAUUGUUAAAUCGGUUGAAGAUGGCUUACCAAGAGAGGGAUGAAGCAAGGUGCCAGCUAGUUGAACUCAUGAAUCAAUUCAUGCCCUCUAAUCGAACCAAUUUGCAAAGCGUGUUUGAUAUCCAAAAUCAUUUCACAUCCCCUUCUGCUAUUACACCAAACUCAGGCAUAACAGAAUCUGAUAAUAGUCUCUCACACGGUUCCCCAAAAGUGGAAUCUAUCUUUGCCGUCUCCUCUCCAGCAUUUGCAAACAUCAAUGCAGUUGAUCACACGGACAAAAUGAGUUAUCUCAAUCAGAAUUUAAUUCAAGACUUCAAUUUCUCAGCAUCUCAGGUUUUGAUUAUUCCUUCUGUGAAACCAAUAUGUGAUCCUGGCACUGCAGUAAUAGAUCGUCUUGCCAAUGAAAGAGGUUUGCCUCAAAUGGGGCAACUCCUUCAGGCUGUGAAAGAUGCUGGUCCAUUGCUCAACACUUUGCUCCUUUCAGGGCAACUUCCUAGAUGGAUAAACCCCCCUCCUCCUGUUGAAGAGAUCAAAGUUCCACCUGUAGCCAUAAAAAAAUGUGAUGUCACUAGCAUCAUUAAGCCUAGCACUUUCGGAAAAAGUGAGAAUUCACUUCCAAAACCGAAGCUUCCACCCAUACAUUAUUCUUCAAAUGCUCUCUCCACGUGCUCGGCUGCCACGCUCAACCUUGCUGGUCAAACCACUGGUUCAUGGAACAAAACAUUGCAGUUGAAUUCAACUUCUGGUGUCACUUCCAAGUCCCGUCAAUGA